AUGGUUGGCGUCAGUGUGCUGCUGGUUCUCCUGCCUGUUGCAUGGAGUUGCCCUCCACAGAAAGCUGAUUACGUCAUGGUCUCCUGUUUCCCCAACACCAUCAUCGCCAACGUACCGGAGUGCCCGUAUGGCUGGGAGAUCGAUCAGCUGUCUCUGGGCGGUGUGUGCUACAGCGGGGUGCAUAGUGUGGGCUUCUACCGUUUCGCCAUCCCUGACCUGACCCCCAAAAACCACUCCUACUGCGGCACGAUGUCAGAGUACAUCGGAGGAAAAGACCCCAAGUACGUGUUUUAUAACUCCAUUGUAUCCAACGACACGUCCCUGACUGUCAGAAACCAGCCCGUGAACUACACCUUCAGCUGCAUCUACCGUGCUGCUUACCUGGUGAACAACGCUGUGUUCAGCCAAAGAGUGGCUACAGUUUAUGUCAACAACGGAAGUAUAGGUUCUUUUAAAUCUCAGUUGUCUAUGAACGUGUUUACUAAUUCCAAGUUCCUCUAUGCCAAGGACGCACCUUAUGUGAUUGACACAUCAGAGAUUGGCUCUGAAGUCUUCAUUGGGAUUGAAGCAAAGGGACUGAGUAACAGAUUCAAAGUUGUGAUCAGUAACUGCUGGGCUACACCCACACCAUUCUCCACCGACAGGAAGAGGUGGAGCCUCAUUAUCAACAGCUGCCCGGCAGACACCACCGUGACCAUCUUCGAGAAUGCCAAAGACAGCCGCUCCAUGUUCAAGUUCCACUCCUUCCGCUUCCAGCGCCUAGAGAAGGUGUCCACCGUCUGGCUUCACUGUGAGGUGCAGGUCUGCGAUGGAGAAAAACUCUUCUGCCAGCCAGCACCUUGCAUCAUAAGAAGUUCCACAUCAGCAUCAGACCCGAAUGGGGGUGUCUUGACCGCAGAGUUUCAAAUUAAAGCUGAGGGAUCAGACGCUCACAGACACCUUGCAGGAACCCCGCUGUGUAUGCUGUGUUUAUUUCUCAUAAACGUGCUCCUGGGGUGUCUUCAACCACCAAAGGUUUAA